UUCAUAUAUAUCUUCCAUUGUUCUAAAAUUUAUUAUCACUUUUUAGCUUGAAAUUAAGUAGAAGUUAAUAUUAAUUUCUUUAAAUUGCGUGUGAUAGUGGCCGAGUAUGUUUACAAAAAUGCUGUUUUAGCUUGAUUUCGCCAAAAGUUUUGAUAUGUUUGCUUUUUUUGUGCGCUGUAUUUUUAAAGUGCAUUGUGUCUUAUUUAUCUUUUGGAUAUAUUGGAUAACCAUUUAUGAGGCAUGUAAAAAAUAACUUCUAUUCGCUGUUCCAGUUCACUAACUGGAACCCCUGAGUGAAUGGGUUAGAUAUAAUUGCAUGCGUUGUGGCUGGCAGAAAGCAAAGCUUGAAUGAGCAGGAUAGGAAUGCAAGAUUCUGAUGGCGAAGGGCAAUCCAGAAAUGGUACUGCCAUUCAGAAUCACUCGCCAUACGGUUUUGAAAAUUUUGAUGUCUCUAAUGGGCAACUACGAAGAAGGGCCAGGAGAAGCCAGCUACAAAGGAAUGAAGAUGGCAUAGAAAAACCUGAAACAACCAAGACAUUCAUUUGUCUUCAUCAAGGUUGUACUAGGGUUUUUUCUUCCAGGUUUAAAUUGGUUAGGCAUCUACACAUUCACUCAGGGGACAGACCAUUUCAAUGCAACAAUUGUGGUCGUCGUUUCCACAGGAAGGACCACUUGAAGAAUCAUCUGCAGGUGCAUAAUCCUAACAAAAUUCAACACAGCUGCAACUUCUGCCAAAAAUCCUACUGUUCUCUGCUUUCAUACCGCAAACACCUUGCACUCCAUGCUGCUGAAUCUGGUGACUUAGAAUGUAAGCUAUGUGGGAAAGCUUUGGAGGAUCGCGAAGGCAUAUUACACCACCUAAAAGUGCACACCGGGUCUAGAACUUUGCGAGGGCCAUCUGAAAGAAAGUAUCCUUGUGACCGUUGUGAUAGAUCCUUCUUCACAAAAAAAGAUGUAAAGCGCCAUCUAGUUGUGCAUACUGGAAAGCGAGAUUUCGUCUGUCAGUAUUGUCCUCAACGAUUUGGUCGCAAGGAUCACUUAGUCCGUCAUACUAAAAAGAGUCAUGUUGGUACUGCUAAUUCCAGUCCACCUGGCAACGAAGCAAUGCGAAAGUAUGAACCACCGGCACACAUGCCGCCUCCAGAAAACCAUAAAAAUAAUAAUUCUAUGAUGGGACCUCCUUCUAUGCCUGAUAUAUCUGGACUUGUGAUAUCACCAACCACCGUUUCCCCAUUGAUAGAACAUACUGUUCUGGAGCCUGUGAAACCAGAUCCUACGUAUGGAGUGCCUUCCUCUAACUUAGUACAGUCGAACUAUGGUUUAACUCCCUUAACUGCUGAGAAUGGGCAGCAUAUGGGAAGAUUUCCAGAUCCUGCACUGCUCCCUGUAUCUCAGUAUCUUCCUAUGUCUCCCUCGUAUCCUGGUGUCUCACCAAUUAUGUCACACCCCUAUCUUAACAUGUCCUCCUCGGGCAAUAUUCUCUCUGAUCUCCUACCUCCUAUGUCGAUGGCACCAUCUUUCUCAGCUUCUCUGUCUCUGGAUGUGAGCAAUCCUCCACUUCCUCACUUCAGUCAAGCGUUUCAGUGAGCUCCUCACUUCAGUCAAGCAUUUCAGUGAGCUCUCUCACUUGUUCUAAGACAGGGGUUCUCAACUUGGGAGCUGCAUCUUUGGAGGAAUAUGCGAAAUUUCAGCAUGAAUCUUAAUUUAAAUGUGGCUCAUUCUUGCAGUAAAAUUUGAUCAAUUUAUUAUUAAGUUAUUUAGUUAGAGAUUAGAUUUUAACUUUGAAGCUGAAGUAUUUUUCCCGGUAAACUGCUAAAUUUUUCAAAUUAUUCCUGACUUAAUCAGAAACCAGAAUUCUUCUAGCUAUUAUUCACAUAUAUAUAUAUUGAUAGAUUGAUUGUCAAUAAAAAAUUUUAAGCCAUCCUUAAACAUGUGUCACAAGUGUCUAAAAUGUAUUGAAUGCUUUUUUCCAUUCAACUUUAUAAAUUAACUAGUUUUACAAUACACAUUAAAGUAGUCUUAUUUUAUCAUCUGGAUUUAAAAAAAGAAAAACUAAAGAAAAUAUAUGCACGAUUUCGUUAAGUCUGUUCAAAUUUAGAAGGGGAAAAAAUUACAUAUUGAAUGAUAUUCUCUAAGCUUUAGAUAAUCAUUUACUUUUAUUUUGAUUCAUUGCAAAAAAAGAAGAAAUUAAAACAUCAAAAUAACAGGAUCUCAUCUCCAAGGAUUACAGCAAAUAAAAAAGUUGAGAAUUCUUGCUCUAAGAUCUAACAUGGUAUUUUUAAUGGUGCUUUACUAUGUAAGAAAUCUAUAUUUAUUGAUAUAUUCGAUAUUUUUGGAUACUAAUGUUUAUUUCAAUUCAAGGGUUUUACAAGUGCCUAUGCUUAUAGAUAAAGAGUUAUUUUGAAAGAAUAUUUAUAAUUUUUAAGUAUGAAUAUAGAUGUUAGUUGAUAUGAAAUAAUUUUUUACAGUAUUAAAUGCUAUCAGAUAAUAUAUUGUUUAUAUACAAGAGUUCUUUAUCAUUGUUUUGUCUUAAAUAAUUUUAAUGUGCAUUGUCCAUUUAGUUAUUAAAGAAAGUCUUAUUAAGCAAGAGUUAAUACUGAAAAACGUUUAUAGGUAUUUAUUUUAUGUUUUUAUCAAUAUUGCCAAAUAGUACCUGAUAAACCUGUGAUAAAUAUAAGCUCAAUUAGUCAUACCUCACUCUAUUUUUUCAAAGCUUCAUAACAGUCAUAUAUUUGCGAAAUAAUUAAAUGUAAUUUCAUUGAGAGAUUAACAAUGUUGAGCUUAGUUUAAAACUCAAUACUGUAAGAAUGUUGCGAGCAUUUGCAUUAAAACGUUAUCCAUCAAGACCAAGUGCCAAGUAUUUUUUAAGCUUCUACUACAGCCACUCUAAUUAAUGGUAGUCAUUUAUAGUCAGAACCAUUUCAUUAUCAUAUUUUUUUUAAUCAAACGUUUGUUUUUGUCUUACUAGUUACUAGCACUUUCUGUAACAUCUAAUCUUUUAUUAAUUAAAAAGAAAUAAUUCUUUUAAUUUAAAAAAAACUUUAAAUUUAUUAGAAUGAAAUAAUUAAAAUGUAAGAAAAACAACUUAUAUCAAAUUUUUAUUGUUUAAUAAUAGUUCAUUAUAUGACUCAGAGAACCCUAAAAUGAAAUGCAAAUUUCAAGGCGUAAGUUUCAUAAUUUUUUUAAUUUUUAACUUACAAUUAAAUGAAUUUAAUGUAGAAUUGUUUUUAAAAAAAUUUGAAAGACUUAAAACUUUGAUAUGUAUUUACAUUAGUGUUUGUAAUAAAUUUUAAAUGAACAACUAACAAAUCUUAAUAAGUGUACAAUACUUUUUUUACCCACCAAUGAAUUAAGAAUCCUAAAAAAAAAAUUUUAAAUUUUUUUUUAUUUAAGACAGCUAGUAUUUAGUAGUUAAUUUUUUGAAAUGCAAUUUAACAACUGAUGAUUACGUACUCAGUGUAUUUAAUAAGUGUUAUUAAUAUUAUGUUAGAACUCUUUCUAAUUAUUUAGGGUAUUAUUUUUUAUGUUGGUAGUUCCCACUUUUGAUUUUUAUCGCCACAUGUGUUCAUUUUGGUUUGAGGAGUGGUUAUUAUUUUUUUUUUAUCUACAUUUACUUAAUUUUAUGUAUCUGUCACAAUAAUGUUCACUUAAUUACUGGCUGCUGAAGGGGAGAUUAUUGAAAGCAAUUAAAAGAGAUUAUUGAAUGUAGUUGUGAAUUUUAAUCACAAGUGAUGAUGAUGAUGAGUGAUGUGUAUAUUACGUAAUAUAAAGUGGCCUUAAAAAUGCCUGAGUGUUGCCUUAAAGACUAUUUACAAGGCUGAGAUGAUAAACUUUUUUUCUCUGAUGAUUCCAGCUGGAUGUAUUGUAUAGAUUGUUAAAUUGCUUAGAUUAGAAUUUUGCAGCAGCUAGUAUGGCCUAUUUCUAUGUUGUGCACAAGGGUUUUUCUAAAAGACAGACUAGCUUACUUAUAAUUGAAGUUUGAUUUAAAUUUGAGAUUUUUAUUGAUGCAAAGAUAGAUUUUACGAAAAUUAUCUGGCAUAGUUGCCAACUCCUAUUGGUCUAUACGAAAUAUAUUAUAUAUUGGUUAUACGAAAACCCUUUAAUUUCGUCCUAUUUCAAAAAGUGUGCGAGUACCAAUUUUGGUUAAAUAUUUAAAAAUGCCUUAGAGAUAAAAAGAAAUUUUUGUAAUGUUAAGUUUUCUUAACGGUAUGAUUGCUAAAAUUGCCAAUUUUGGUCAAAUAUUAAGGAAUUCCUUAGAAAUACGAAGAAUCUUUUGUAUUGUUAAGUUUAGGGUGUAAUUGGUAAAAGUUUCAUUUUUAAAUGUUAUCAAUUAUUACCUUGAAAAAUAUGGAUUCAUGGCUUAAGUAUGUAAAAAUGAUGUUAAUUGAUGAAAUGAAAUUUAAACUAUAGCAUUGUUAUUAGUUAAGCUAGUCUGUCUGUUUUCAUAUUUUUAGUAUCUAUUAAUUCUUAGAUGUUUAUACGAAUUAUAGCUAUUCUUUAAAUUGUUUUGUAUAUGGAUGUUAUAUAUAUUUAAAAUAUUCAUGAAAUUUUUAUAUUUGUAAAUUUGCAAUGCAAUUCAAGAUGAUACAGUUGCACUUUGGUAGGGGGCAAUUAGAAACAUUUUGUCUUUAAAGAAAUAACUUUUAAUUGAAUAAUUUUAUAUGCUAAGCAUUAAAGACAUGCAUACAUUCUCCUUAAUUGUGAAGUUUGGUUUUAAAUUCAGCCUGAUCCAUUCCCCCCCCCCUCUUUUUUUUAUGCUUUUCAUCUUUUUGGAGGCAUUUCAAAACUGGAAAUGAAAGCAACUCAUGUUUCUGUAUAUAUGUUUACAUAUUUAUUUAUUUUUUAGAAUAAUUAACAGUUUCUUCCUUUUAUUUUUCUAUCAAAUUAAAGUUGGGGCACAUUAAAACAUGCUGCAUAGAUUUAGGUGAACCUAAAAUAAAAUUCUGACUAUUUUAAACUUCAGUUUUCAAGAUUAAGUGGGAUAAGAUUACUUGAUUCUGAUAAUUGGUAUGAAAAAAUUAAUUAUCAGAGGAAAAGGCAAUAAUAAUAGUAAUUUAAUAAAAUGCAGUUUAUCUUUAAUCAGUACACUGGAGGUUUUCAGAUUUCAAGAGCCCAGCUUAAAUGUUAUGAUUUUAAUUUCUAUGAAUAGGAAUGUGGUUCAUUGACAUUGAAUGUCAUGGUUUGGUUAUUGCAUAGAUCUAUGAAAUAGGGGGGAAAAGUUUUUAAAUUAAAAUUUGCAUAAUUUUUAAUAAUUUCUUCUUUUUUUUUUUCAAAUAUCUUAGCUCAGAGUUAGGCUCUGGAAUAUGUCCAACUGCUUUAAAAAAUAAAUGAUAACUUUUUUCUGAAAAAUGGAUCAGGUUGAACUUUAGAGAAUCAUUUACCUGUGUGCAUAUUCUUUGGUAGCAGCAUUAAAUUCACUUCUUAAAAAUGUUUUUUAUUUGUAAAGUGACAGUUAUAUAUACUCUUUUUAUUCUACUGUUUUCUGUAAAUGAAAUUCGUCUGGUAGUUUAAAUAUAUGAAUUUCUUAUUUGUGAAAAUAUUUUAUAAUGUUUGUAGAUUUGUUAUGCAUGAAGCCCUUUUUCUAUCAUUUAUCCUAUUUCAGUAUUCAUUCCUAUUUAUUCGGGGACCACUUCCCUUUUCUCGUUGUAGAAGAAUCUUUUUUUUUUUUAUGCAUCUCGCAUUAACUUGUAAUUUCUACCUCAUUUAUUAAGUAGUUUUUAUCAUUUAGACAGGUAUGGUAUUCUUUUUUUGUUAAUUUCUU